AUGACGGAUGUGGAGAAGCAAGCAGACGCAAUUGUUCAUGCGGUUGUGGCAGUCGAGCUGCUUCAUUGGCAUGGCAAGUUGGGUGGAACUCUGGAGAAUGCCUUCCGGAAGUGCGUCUAUUCACCAGCGCUGCCAAGGCUGCAGCGGCUGACCAACCGCAAAGACAGUGCUGAUGACUUCAAAAUAGACAUGAAAACUGGGCGAAAGCUCUCACGCCCAAGCCGUGUGCAUGAUGCGGCGUUGGAGAAGCAAUUUACCCUGGGCUACGCCUUCACAGACGUGGCUCUCAGAGCUUUGUGUAGAAGUGACAAUGGCAUCUGGCUUCCGCUCGCCCGGUACCAGGCCCGAAAGGAGUUGAACCUUGCAGAUGUGGAGCCUGAAGAGGAUCCGCAGGCGAAGGACCUUGUGGCUUUUAGCCAGGGCAUCAUCAGAUCGGGCAGUGAGGAGCUGGUGCAAGUCUCCACUCGUUCUGUUGGACAUGGUGAUGCAAAGCAAAAUAUUUGGAUUCUUCCAGUCUUUGUAGACCAUGACCGAUCGUCUCAUGCAGAGCGACAGGCUCUUCUAGUGCUGUUGGAGGCUGCUCCGAUUGACUCCGUUAGCGAGGGUGUCAAAGAUGGCGUGACUGGCCAGAUGCGGGUUUACGCCAGCCACACUCCAUGCAUUUCUUGUUUGUCUUCCAUGUGCCAAUUCACUAGAUGUUUCGAAGGAGCUGACAUCCAAGUGACUUACGACACUUGGAAGGAGACGCGAAGGUGGAUUGGCCUGGAUCCACCAGAUGAAAUACCUUCUGAAGAGGAUGAGGCGGAGGAAAAGUGA